UUUCACUACCUUAUCACACAAGUUAGACUUUCCUUCUUCUUUCUUUUUCAACUUUGUUCAAGGGACAUACAAAAAUGGGAACUGAAGGUGGCCAAUAUAGUAGAGUUGUGAGAGCACCACACACCAAACCACCAUUCACACUAAGCCAAAUCAAGAAAUCCAUUCCGCCCCAUUGCUUCAACCGCUCUCUUCUCCGUUCCUUCUCUUAUCUCCUUCGAGACCUUUUUUUCGCCUCUUUAUUCUACUACGUAGCAACCUCUUACUUCCACCUUCUCCCACACCCACUUUUGUACAUGGCUUGGCCACUUUACUGGAUCUCCCAAGGCUGCAUUUGCUUCGGUGUUUGGAUCAUUGCUCACGAGUGCGGUCACCAUGCUUUUAGUGACCACCAAUGGGUGGAUGACACUCUUGGCUUUAUCUUCCACUCUGCUCUUCUCGUCCCAUACUUCUCGUGGAAGUAUAGUCACCGUCGCCACCAUUCCAACACUGGCUCUAUUGAGAGCGAUGAAGUGAUUGUUCCAAAGAGGAAAUCACAAAUGCCAUGGCAUUACAAAUACCUCAACAAUUCAUUAGGGAGAUUCUUAAGGCUUGGUCUUACCGUGAUUUUCGGUUGGCCUUUGUAUGUGUGUUUCAAUGCAUUAGGUAGACCAUAUGAUCGCUUCGCUUGUCAUUUUGAUCCUUACUCUCCAAUCUACUCAAAAAGCGAAAGGCUUCAUAUACUAAUUUCAGAUAUUGGUGUUUUAAUUACUAUAUUUGUAUUGUACCAACUCAGCUCGGUUAAAGGGUUGAGUUGGGUUGUGAUCACGUACGGGAUGCCAUUACUAGUAGUAAAUAGCAUCCUUGCGGUGAUCACAUACUUAAAUCACACUCACCUUGCAUUGCCACAUUAUGACUCGUCGGAAUGGGAUUGGUUUAGGGGUGCUUUGUCAACGGUUGACCGAGAUUUCGGAGUUCUCAAUGGGGUUUUUCAUAACAUCACAAACACUCAUGUGGUGCACCAUUUAUUCUCAACAAUGCCACAUUACAAUGCAGUGGAAGCAACCAAAGCUGUGAAGCCAAUAUUGGGAGAGUAUUAUUGUUUUGAUGACACUCCGGUAAUUAAAGCUAUGUGGAGAGAGGUUAAGGAGUGUGUCUAUGUUGAGUCAGAUGAUGAAUCUUCUAAUAAAGGUGUUUUAUGGUAUAAGAACAAGUUCUAAAUCAAGUACCAAAUGUAGCAACAAAAUAAUUAUGUAUUUACAUAAAUAUUUAUUGAGUGAGUAUAUAUGUAUGUAUGUAUUGUUCAAGGUGAGAAAGAGUGAGUUUAUAAUGAAGAAUAAAAUAUUAUUUAAGGUGACAAAA